UAUGUUGAUUUUCUUGCUUAUGCGCAUUGUCAAGAGUUUCGCUGGCCUUCCACGUGGGCCAGCCGGACGCGUUGUCAUAUGUUGAAUGAAAGUAAGCGAUUAGCGUACCGUAAACGCCAGUGAAAUAUUCUUUUGUUCCCUCGGUGCGCGGCCGCGAGUGUUUACCGCGUGCUAACUUUCGGAACCGGUUGCGAGGAACAGCGGCAGCAUGGCAUCAUCCAGCGAAAGGAAAGGAACUUUCAAAGUACGAGCACUUCAAGAGAUCGAGGCGAGCGUGCAGGCGAAAUGGGAGGCCGAGAAAGUGUUCGAGGUGGACGCGGGCGGUGAUCAAGGUGACGGCAAGUUUUUCGUCACGUUUCCCUACCCGUACGUGAACGGGCGUCUACACCUGGGUCAUUCGUUCUCGCUAUCAAAGUGCGAGUUCGCCGUCGGCUACCAGCGUCUUCUGGGCAAGAAAUGCCUCUUUCCGUUCGGUUUCCACGCGACGGGAAUGCCGAUCAAGGCGUGCGCCGACAAACUUGCGCGCGAGAUGGAGGAGUACGGCUGCCCGCCCGUCUUUCCGGAGGACGACGCCGACGCUGGCGACGAGGGCUCCAAAGACGCCGCCGGCGACGCGGCGGAGGCCGCGUUCAAGAGCAAGGCGAAAGGAAAGAAGAGCAAGGCGGCCGCCAAGACGGUAGCGGCCAAGUACCAGUGGCAGAUCAUGCAGUCGCUGGGACUCGGGGACGACGAAAUCGCGAAGUUCGCCGACGCCGGCUACUGGCUGCACUACUUCCCGCCCAUAAUCCGGGAGGACCUCAAGAGGAUGGGCCUCAAGGCGGACUGGAGGCGUUCCUUCGUCACGACGGACGUGAACCCGUACUACGACUCGUUCGUCCGUUGGCAGUUCCUCCGGCUCAAGGAGAGGCAGCGCAUCAAGUUCGGCAAGCGUUACACCAUCUUUUCGCCCAAGGUCAACCAGCCCUGCAUGGACCACGACAGGAGUGCCGGAGAAGGUGUGGGCCCCCAGGAGUACCUUCUGGUCAAGAUGAAGGCGGUCGAACCGCUGCCGCCAGCGCUGAAGACGAUGCAAGGACGCAACUUGUUCUUAGUCGCAGCCACACUCCGGCCGGAGACGAUGUACGGGCAGACCAACUGCUGGGUUCGACCUGACAUGGAUUACAUAGCAUUCGAGCUCAAGAACGGGGACGUGUUCGUUUGCACGUACCGGGCUGCUCUCAACAUGAGCUACCAGGGCUUCACAGCCGACGCCGGAAAGGUUAAGGUCCUCCUCAACCUCAAGGGCCAGGACCUGAUCGGUCUCGGGUUGUCCUCGCCGCUCACCUGCCACAAGAUCAUUUACACGCUUCCCAUGCUCAACAUCAAGGAAGACAAGGGAACCGGGGUGGUGACGUCAGUGCCUUCGGAUUCGCCGGACGACUAUGCUACCUUGCGGGACCUGAAGAACAAGGAACCUCUGAGGCAAAAGUACAGCGUCGCCGACAGCAUGGUACUGCCGUUCGAUCCAGUUCCCAUCGUAGAGGUGCCGGGCUACGGCUCACUCUCGGCCGUUGCGGUCUGCGACGAGCUGAAAAUUCAAAGUCAGAACGAUCGCGACAAGCUUCAGGAAGCCAAGGAGAAGAUCUAUCUCAAAGGUUUUUACGAAGGUGUGCUGUUGGUCGGACCGUACAAAGGAAAAAAGAUUCAAGACGUCAAGAAGGACAUCCAGAAGGGUAUGGUCGAUGAUGGCAAAGCCGUCGUGUACAUGGAGCCCGAGAAGAAGGUGAUUGCACGCUCGGGUGACGAGUGUGUUGUGGCACUGUGUGAUCAGUGGUACCUCGACUACGGCGACCCCAAGUGGAAGGACAUGGCGAGAACUGCUUUGUCCAAGAUGGAAACGUACUCCGAGGAAGUUCGCAAGAACUUUCAGGCCACCCUGGACUGGCUCUGCGAGCAUGCGUGCUCGAGAACCUACGGUCUCGGAACUAAGCUACCGUGGGACGAAUCAUGGCUGAUAGAGUCGCUGUCCGACUCCACAAUCUACAUGGCCUACUACACGGUUGCUCACUACCUCCAAGGUGGCGACCUCAUGGGUGGAUCAGCUUGUCCUCCGUAUUUUAUCAAGCCGGAAGACAUGACACCUGAAGCCUGGGACUACGUAUUCCUCAACGUUGCCAGUAAGACUAAACUUCAGAAGAAGGACGCCCUCAAUGCCAUGAAGAAGGAGUUUGAAUUCUGGUAUCCCAUGGAUCUGCGCUGCUCUGGCAAGGACUUGAUACCUAACCACCUGUCCUACUGCAUAUUUAACCACUGUGCCAUGUGGCCCGAAAACCCCGAGAAGUGGGUUCUCGGCAUGCGAGCUAACGGCCAUCUGUUGCUCAACUCGGAGAAGAUGUCUAAAUCUACGGGAAACUUCCUCACCCUUGCAGACGCAUUGGACAAGUUUUCGGCCGACGGAAUGCGGCUUGCCCUUGCUGACGCUGGCGACGGCAUCGAAGAUGCAAAUUUCGUUGAGACGAUGGCGGAUGCCGGAAUCUUGCGUCUGUACACGUUCCUCGAGUGGGUGAAGGAAAUGCUUGCCUCGCUGCCCUCGCUGCGAACAGGUCCGACGGACAGUUACGUGGACCGAGCUUUCGAAGCCGACAUGAGCCACGGGGUCUUGACAACCAAGGAACACUACGACCAAAUGAUGUUCAAAGAAGCUUUAAGGACCGGCUUUUUCGAAUUCCAGGCUGCCAGAGACAAGUAUCGCGAGCUGUGUGUACUGAGAGGGAUGCACAGAGACCUCGUCUUGAAGUUCAUUAAGACACAGGCCGUCAUCCUGAGCCCUAUAUGCCCGCACAUCUGUGAGCACGUGUGGUCCAUGCUUGGGAAGAAGGAGAGCAUUAUGCACACCAGGUGGCCCGUCGUUGCUCCGCCCGAUGAAACUCUCUUGAAGUCUUCGCAGUAUCUGAUGGACUCCGUGCACGAGUUCAGGCUGCGAUUGAAGGCGUUUCGAAGCGCUGGAAGCAAGUGCAGCAAGAAGAAAGACCUCUCGAUGCACCCUCCGGGACCCCAGAUGGUUCGCGCAACAAUCUGGGUGGCCAAGACCUUCCCUCCGUGGCAGCUGACGAUCCUGACCACGCUCAAGCAGCUCUUGCAGAAGCACAACGGUCUUCCAGACAACAAGGUCGUCUCGGCGGAGCUCAAGGACAAGCCCGAGCUGAAGAAGCACAUGAAGAAGGUGAUGCCGUUCGCGCAGGCAGUGCGUGAGAAGGUCGAGAAGCUCGGAAUCGGCGCUCUCAACGUGACCCUCGACUUCGACGAGUGGGAGGUGCUCCUGGAGAACUCGAGGUACAUCCUCAACACGCUGGAAGUUGACGACAUCGAGGUCAAGUUCAGCGACGACCCGACGGCCGAGGAGGUCAUUCGGGAAGAGUGCUGCCCCGGACAGCCGCGUGCAGUCUUCUGCAGUGACACCUUCGUCAACGUGUGCUGCAUUAACCAGCAGCAGUCAUCCGGCUGCUUCGAGGUUCAGGUUCCCGUGCUCGAUGGAGACAGCGCAGCCAAGGUGUUGGCGCGGUUGGGCAGGAUGGGUGGCCAUGUCAGUUUCGACGGCGUCGCCGUGAAGCUCCUCAGGUACGAAGACCCCACAAUGGGGCCGCGGAAGAUUCCCACCCUCGGUUGCGAGGAGACUGGCAAGGUUGUCGUCCCCGACGCGGCCAUCUUUCGCAUCAAGGCGGACAAGAGUGGCGUAGAGGUUGAACUGGACGGUACUAGAGUGAAUGUGGGAAGCCAAAUGUCGUACAUUGUUGUGCCUCAAGUUUGAUGCAGCUGUUGUGAGACAGUACCCCCAGAACUAUUUAAUAAAGUGGUUUCUGCGCACA